CCACAUCAGCCUUCAACUCCUUUUAGGCUGAGCUGCUGGGCCCCUGCAUAACCAAUUAUAUAGUUCUUCCCCACUCCCUUACAAGGCACACAUUCAACUUCGAAUUCACAUGUUAUAUGGUCCAGCAAAACGAAUCGAUGAAGGUCUGUGAAGUCUCAUUCAUCCAAUGUCUAAAGCAAAUACUUGAGUUUGUAUUUCGACAGCAAAAGAGGGGGACGAAAUCAGUCGUGUCAUCUAGGCAUGAUAGUAGGAGUCCUGUCAGAGGAGACUGGAAUAUUUUCAGAGACCGCUGAGAACUCGACACCAUUUCUACAAGUAGAAAGAAUAUCCUUAAAAUUCUAACCAGAAAAAGGCAGAUAUGUGGUUGCAACUGUGUGAAAAAGCACAAAGAUUGUGAAAUCUUUCUUUUUCCUGACUUUUUCUACUCAACUUGGCAUUUUUGAUGGCUUCUCUUAUUCAAAUUAAAACCCGAAAAGGGGAGUCUUUCUCACAGACAAGAAGGCAGUCCACAUACGCGAUUCUUAUUACUAUUGAACAGGGUUGACUCUCCCACCAAAACUCCCUCUUUAAAAUCCCUCCACAACCUUUCAUUUCUUUGCCACUUCUAAACCUCUACUUCUACAAACUUACUUAGAAACAACACAAGAAGAUCCUCUCUUUGCUUUUCAAGAGUAAGUUCGUAAACAUAAAACAAUGGUAUCAGUAUUACCUUGUGCUGGGUUUCGCAUGCAAACCAACAUUCUUUUCAUUAAAGGCUUGAUAAUCUUGUUUCUGAGCCUACUUGCCAUCAAGCUCAAUCUUUGUUUUUUCAGUUUUCCUUUGUCAUCAAAAACUAUUUGUCUCGAUGGGCAUCUCAGUUUUGCUAAUAAUGAAUUUGCAGCAAGUGAUUUUGGAAAUCGGUAUCAUUACCUCCCACUGGCAGUCCUCCAUCCACAAUCAGUUUCUGAUAUAUCAAAGAUAAUAAAGCAUGUAUGGAAAAUGGGUCCAGAGUCGGGCCUCAAGGUUGCAGCUAGAGGACAUGGUCACUCACUGCAAGGCCAGUCACAAGCUGAUCGAGGAAUCGUGAUCAACAUGGAGUCACUGAGGACACCUGAAAUGCAGGUUCACACCGGGGAAUUCCCUUAUGUGGACGUCUCUGCUGGAGAAUUAUGGAUAAAUAUCCUACAUAAAACACUCAAAUAUGGGUUAGCACCAAAAUCCUGGACAGAUUACCUACAUCUGACUGUUGGCGGUACUUUAUCAAAUGCAGGGAUCAGUGGACAGGCAUUUCGACAUGGCCCCCAGAUCUGUAAUGUACAACAGCUUCAAGUUAUUACAGGAAAAGGGGAAGUGCUAACUUGUUCAGAGAAACAAAACUCAGAGCUGUUUCAUGGAGUCUUAGGAGGACUUGGUCAGUUUGGCAUAAUAACCAGAGCGAGAAUUUCACUACAACCAGCACCUGAAUUGGUAAAAUGGAUCAGAGUUCUGUACUCAGACUUCGCCACAUUUUCGAGAGACCAGGAAUAUCUAAUAUCUGCAGGCGAAACAUUUGAUUAUAUAGAAGGAUUUGUCAUUAAAAACAGACCAAAUCUUAUAAAUAGCUGGAAAGCUUCCUUUGAUCCUCAAGAUCCUGCUGGAGCCAGCAACUUUAAGUCCGAUGGUAAGCUACUAUUUUGUCUUGAGUUGGCAAAAAACUUUAAUCCAGACAAGACCGACAUAAUUUAUCAGGAAAUCAAGAGCUUAUUAUCUCAACUGAGCUACACUCCUUCCACUCUUUUUAUGUCUGAAGUUUCAUACGUACAAUUCCUCGACAGAGUUCACACCUCAGAGCUCAAACUAAGACCACAAGGGUUGUGGGAUAUUCCACACCCCUGGCUCAACCUCCUUGUUCCGCAAAGCAAAAUAAAAACCUUCGCUCAAGAAGCAUUUGGCAACAUUCUAACAGAUACGAGUAAUGGCCCGGUGAUUAUUUACCCAGUUAACAAGUCAAAGUGGAACAACAGAACUUCUUUGGUUCUUCCAGAGGAAGAGAUAAUCUACCUAGUAGCAUUUCUUUCCCAUGCAGUCCCUUCAGCUACAGGGACAGAUGCCGUGGAACAAAUAUUGGAUCGCAACCAAAGAAUUCUAGAUUUUUGUAAGGCAGCCCACCUCAGUGUUAAGCAAUAUCUGCCACAUUAUCACAAACAAGAACAGUGGAGGGGACACUUUGGUCGACACUGGGAUACAUUCAUAAAGAGAAAAUCAACGUAUGACCCUCUAGCAAUUCUUGCUCCAGGACAUAGAAUUUUUCCCACAAAAAUAUCCCACUCAAGACCCUCAGUACAGUUGAGUAGAUGGAUCAGAAUGGGAAGUUGCAAGCUGGACAAAUGCUUGGCUUCUAUAGAUGUCACAAUUUCAAUCAUACAGAGAGACAGUAUAAAAUUUUGUUUGCUUAGAUGUUGAUCAUUUAUGCAAUACGAAGUACUACUAUCAACAUGGUCUCUCCAAAUACCUGUAUAGUAUUAGCACAAAUUGCAUGUAAAUAAACAAAUAUAUUCAAGAUUUAGUGUGAUUCAAAACUCAAGAUAUCAUAUCGUAAAUUAAUGAUG